AUGUAUGAAUUUCUGUUGUGUAAAUGUAAAUUUUUGUAAGAUUAUUAAAAAUUUCUUCGGUUUUACCUUUGUUCUCUUUAACUCACAGUAAUAAUAAUAAAUAAUAAUAAUAAUGAUGGAAAUAGACAAUAAUUUAAUGUAUUUGGACGAAAAGUUCUUGGAAAAUGUAUCAAGUGAUGACCAAAACUAUAUUGAAAUCUCCAAAGCUAUUGCAAAAGAUAUUUCUUCAAAAAAUUUCACAAUUUUGGAAGUAAUUGAAAAAUUAGCUUAUCUCCUUUUAAAUAAAUCCCACGAAAAAAGAGAUAUUGGUGUUCUAAUACUAAGCGAAACUUUAAAUGAUCUUCCAAGUGCAACCCUUGAUAGUCAACAACUUUUAGUACUAUCAAAUUAUUUCUGUGAGAAACUAAAUGAUCAUCACCAGGUAGCCAGAUCUGCUUUGAAAGGCGUAUUAGCUCUAAUUAAGUUUUCAAACAUUCCUAGUGAAUCGGUUGUAAACCUUAUCACCUGCAUUUUCAAUCAAGUAACAUGCCAGCAACAACAACCACAAGAUAGAUAUGUAAUAUUUCAGAUAUUUGAAACUGUUUUGAAAGACCACAUCAAUGAAGUUAAUUUGAUGGGAAUUGACUUUGUUUAUGGAGUAAUUUCAUCCAUAGAUGGAGAAAGGAAUCCUAAAAAUUUGAUUUAUUUAUUUGAUUGGAUGCAAACUUUUUUGAAAAUUGUGAAAUUGGGUCAUCUUACAGAAGAAAUGUUCGAGGUCCUUUCUUGUUACUUUCCUGUUGAUUUUAAACCUUCAAUUAGUGAUAAAAACAACAUUACCAGAGAAGACUUGGCUGAAGGAUUGUGCAAAUGCCUCACUUCCAUCGCAGAAUUUGGUCAAUAUGCUAUUCCUGUAACUCUGGAAAAGUUGGAUUCAUCUUUGAAAAUUGCGAAAGAAGAUUCUUUAGAUGUAUUGAAAAUUGGCUGUAAAACUUACCAAACUGAAACAUAUAACCAAUUCUCAAUAGAAAUAUGGUCCCAAAUUCAAAAGGAGAUCUUUAAUACGUCUGAUGAUGAUUUUAAACAUAAAUGUUUGGAAACAUUGAAAGAAAUUAUACACAAGCUGUCAUUGGGUGAUCAGAAAAAUUUUGAAAAUUCUGUUUUGGAUAUAACAGAUACACUAAAAGGCAAUGUUUUACCUGAUUCAAAAUUAUUUUCACAAAGUUCGGAUAUUUUAAUUUAUGUUGCAAGAGCUAGUGAAGUAUCUGCAAGGCUCGUAGCUAAAAAGGUUCUACCACUUUUGGAAAAUACUUUCAAAAUUACCAACAAUCCCAAGCAUAAAAGUGUUAUUUUGCACACUAUUAUAGAAUUUGUUAAAGCAGUUAUAGAAACAAACCCAAAAGUUGAUUUCAGCAGCUUUGAAGAAAUUGCUGAAGUUCCUUCUCUAUGUUUACAAGCAACAAGUGACCAAGAUGACCAUAUUAUUAUAGAAGGAUAUCAAGGAUUAACUGAAAUAUUACAAUAUUUACCAAAAAAUUUGAGCAACAUAUAUUCGGAUAUGUUACGACAAGCCUUAACUGUAAAUAUGGGACAAGUCAAACCAGUCUUGAAAGAAUCAUUGAGAAAGAUGGCAAAAAUUUGUCCUCAAGAAGUAGAAGAACUCAUUCUAAGUAUAGGAAAGCCUUUUGAUAAUGUAUGUGUUGAUAAUUACUUGGAUAGUCUAGAUGCUUUGAUAGAAUUUGCUCAAUUUGAAGAAUAUAUAAUAGAAACUUACAUACAUUAUUCUACAGCAAAUGUUGGCAGUUGUGCCAUUGCUUUAAGGCAUUUAAGUGAUAACUCAACAGGCAGACUUGAUCACAUUAACCAAGGACUAAUGCAAAAGAAUUUCAUAGAAACAUUAGUACAUUUUUUGGCACAAAUAAAUAAUGAUGAACUAUUACAAAAAGAUUUUUUGAAAGCUAUCAAUGAGUUUCUCGUAAAUAGUUUAAAAAACGAAAAAAAGCAAAAAGCAAUAUAUUUAGCAGAAUCAAAUAAGAAAUUUUGUAAUAAAAAUAUUUACGCGACAGUUCUAAGUGGUUUGAUUAUUCCUUUGCAACGGGAAACAUUCGAAGACUAUGACAAAAUUGAUUUUCUUAUGGAUUGCAGUUUAAAUUCCGCAGAGGAGUUUGUUAGGGAGAUUUCUAUGGAAGUAAUUGGCAAUAUCUUGAAUAAAAUUGAUGAUGAUUCGAUAUUACAAGAUAAAUUAAACAAAAUUAAAAAUUUCUGUGGAAGUGUAAAUGAACAUGAUGCAAAAAUAUGGUUAGCAUCUUGGGUUACAAAAGGUUUGAUGACUAGGAACCAUCCAAAAGCUUUGGAAUGGACAGAUAUGAUAUUAAACAGUAUAAAAAAUAACAAUGUGGAGGCAGCAAUGGGAUUAGGAUUAGUCAUGAAAGAAUGCUCAGUCAUAUCGCCAAAGUACUAUUGCAAGAUUAUGCCUUUAUAUCAACAAAAAUUCUUCGAAUACUGCACAACUGAAUUAAAUCAAGUUUCUGAUACUCACAAUGAGGCCUUUUUGAAUGCAGUGGCUUACUUAUUUGAACAUGCUCCCAUUUCUUCUAAGCAAGCUACUGUUCUAAAGUCUAAUAAGGGUUUAAGAUUGUUUUUUCUGUGCCUGGAAAAAUGCACAAAUUCAUCAUUGCUUGAAAGAUUACUAGAAAAAAUAUUGUUGUUAAUUGCAUGCCACGAGUCGUUUGUUGAAGACCAUUUGGAAACUAUUUUAUUGAGGAUUCUGGAUUUGACCAAGUUUGAACCUUCAAUGGAAGUGAGAAUAAAAGCAUUAACCUGCCUUCGAUUAGUGACGACAAAAUGUAAACUCUACAAACUACUUCCGUUGAAAAACAAAGUGAUACAAGAACUGGCAAUAUGUGUGGAUGAUAAGAAACGGUUCGUAAGAAGGGUAGCGAUGGAAUGUCGCUCUUUGUGGUAUUUGCUUGACGCACCAAUUUAAAGUUAGGUAUUAAAUUUUUAAAUAUAUUUUUGUUAAUGGCCCAGUUGCAAAAGGCUGUACCAAGUAAGUUGAAAAAAUAGAAACUUGUGAUUGAUUUGAUCUUUUAUUUAAUUGGAAACUGACUGUCGGGAAAUUGGUAUUUUUGGAUUUUUUUUUCCGAUUAUCUAUCUACACUGAGAAAAAAAUUAGCUAAAAAAUCUAUUUGAAUAGGCGUCAAGUCAGAAUCUUGUUGCAACAGUUGUGUUGACUUUACUCAAUAAUACUCUUAACUAUUGUAAAAAAGUAUUUUUAUAAAGUGAUAUUCUAUCAUUUCUAAAAAACGACCAUUUUGAACUAAUAUAUUUUGACUACUGUAACAGCAAAGCGAACUUUAUGGAAACCAAAAAGAACAUUCCUAUGCUUGAAAUGUAUUUUCUUAUUGUAUGAAAGAAACACUACUAUUUUAAAAAAUAAUUCUGCUGAACUAGGAUAAUGUUUUUUUUAAUUGUAGGUAAAUAAUUUACAGUCCUGAUAUAACUUAAAUAAAAUAAAUACUACAAUGA